AUAUAUAUCUUUUGGGGCACCGGUGAAAGUUGAGUUUGUGUCUGAUGAAUCUAAUUCCAAAACUAUACGUUGCGUAGUUGAAUAGAAAUGUCAAAGCCCUCGCCAAGAGUGAUCCAAGGCGGUCUUCUCAGGCUUCUUCGCUACAAUCAUAAUCAUCAUCUGCCAAAAUCAAAUCGCUCCUCUUCGUCGUCUUCUUCUUCAAACGCAAAUAAUGUCUUCACCUCUGCUAUUCGAGCCUACUCUUCUUCUCUUGUACCCUCCAAUUCAAGAACCACCUUGAUCUCCCAAUUCCACUCAAAUCCCACUUCCUCAAAUGCCCUCAAUCCUCACGCAUUCUCUUCCUCUCCCAGGAGCUUGCUCUUUCUCUUGAGAAAACCAGCUCAUAACCCUAUUUCUUUUAGAAAUGGGAUCGGGUUUAGGUUCUUCUCCGUGGAUUCACCAAAGUGGGGCAAAAGGGCAUUCUUCGAUAAGCCCGCCACAGCUCUUUCUUCCACCUUUUCCCGCUACCGCGAGGCAAUUGGGUUGCAAAUUGAGGCUUUCUUUAAGAGGAACUCUCUGUUUCUGGUUGGGGCUGGAGGAGUCUUAGUUUGUGCUUUGCUCUGGCGGAUUAUGUUCGGCGUAGCGAGCACCUUCGUUGGCUUCUCCGAAGGCAUGGCCAAGUAUGGCUUUCUCGCCCUCUCUUCUGCUAUCGUCGCUUUUGCCGGCCUUUAUAUCCGCGCAAGAUUCACAAUCAAUCCUGAUAAAGUUUAUCGAAUGGCCAUGAGGAGGCUUAAUACAUCUGCUGGGAUCCUUGAGGUUAUGGGUGCCCCUCUUACUGGAAGCGACUUGAGAGCCUAUGUGAUGUCAGGAGGUGGGCUUACACUAAAGAACUUCAAGCCAAGUCGUAGGAGCAAGCGGUGUUUCCUCAUCUUUCCAAUACGUGGUUCUGAGAGAAAAGGUCUUGUCAGCGUUGAAGUCAAGAAGAAAAAAGGCCAGCAUGAUAUGAAGCUACUAGCAGUCGACAUUCCCAUGGCAUCAGGACCUGACCAGCGAUUAUUUUUGAUUGGGGAUGAAGAAGAGUACAAGGUUGGUGGUGGGCUAGUAUCUGAGCUAAGAGAUCCUGUAGUGAAAGCAAUGGCAGCAAGCAAGGAGUUUGAUGAUCUUGACCAAAUUGAAGAAGAGGAGGACGCUGAAAGAGCACUCCAGGAAGCAGAAAGGAAGCACCGUGAAGAAAUUGAGAAGCUUGAAAAAGGGGGAUCGCAGUGAUUGCUUCUUAAGAUUUUCCUAGCUUUCCAUUCUGUUCUGUUUUGUUUUGUUUUGUUUUACAGCUGGAGCUCUCUAAAGAAUUCUUGAGGUUUUGACUAUCACAGAUAAAUGGGAAUGGUAUAGGGGUACCUUGCAUCUGUAUUGAGUUGAGUUUUCAAGGUCUACAUUACCUUGAGCUGCUAUUUCCAUUUUUGGAAAUUUCAUGCAUUUUUUAGUGUUAAGUUGAGAUGGACUGAGACAAAUAAAGCUUACAGUUGAGGUAACGCGCUCUACAACUGACAUGGAAAUUAUUUUUUGAAAUUACUGA